CAACGCGCGGUCGUCGCCAUAGUCACGUGACUACCAGCGUCUGCCGUUGUGUAGGAGGACGAAGAAGACGACGAUCGCCUUCAUUUUACCUCGUAUUCGCAGGAUUGUUGAGAUAAAACGCUAAAAAAAACAAUGGAUGGAAGAAAUUACGGCUCAGGUUUUUCCAAUUGGGGUGGAGGCGGCGGAGGAGGGGGGUCUGGAAAUAGAGGCUCUGGGAACUUUGAUUUGUUUGGUGGAAAUUAUAAGAACUCCAUGUCGGGGUUUGGCGGGUUCGGAGACAGCAACUCCAAGAGGAGGCUCUCGGGGUCCUCUAUCCUUCCACAAAAGGGAAACCACGCAGACGAAGUCAUCGCCAAGAUUAAUCAGCGCUUGGACAUGCUCACACAAUUGGAGGGGGGUAUGAAAGGGGGCCGCGGUGACAGGUUUGGCCAGUUCGAGUCUUUCGACUCGCUCUCCUCCUCCCGAGAUCUCUACAGAUCGGGUGGCAGUAGCUAUGGUUGUGGCGAUGGCCGCGGCGACAACAUGCUGUUGGGCCAGCGAGGAGGCUCCGGCUUCGGAGGGGGUAUGGGGCUAGGAGGGGGAGGCAGCUUCAACAGCCUCUCCUCUUCCUUUGGAGUCGCUAAAAUGCGACAGAAUAUGAGGGAGUCCUUCACCGGUGGCUCUAAUGGUGGGGGAUGGGCCGGAGCGGGCCGACGUUCCCCCAGAAGGGGUGGAGGUGCUGGGGGUCGAGGAUCUGGAGGAGGGUUUGGGAGCUUCAGGUCAGACCCCAUGCUGCUAGGGGGAGUUGGUGGGCGGGGAGGCGGCCACUCUCAACUAGGUGGUAGAGGCAAGCUCCCAUCCCUCCUGUCCAACCGCAUGUACUGUGACGGUGGAGGUUUCCAUCAGGGUCCCUCCCAAGGUCCCCACGACUUUCCUGGGAGGCACUUUGGAGGGGGCCCACGAGCUGGCCGCCAGCGAGGCCGCAAGAGACCCCUCAACAAACAGGCAAAACCACAAAACGAUGGCCAAAAGAAGAGAAAGCAGAUGAUGACACCUGCUGAUGAACCAGUGUCUAAAAUUAACAAGACUGAGGGCAGCGAAUCAGCAGCAUCAAACGAUCAACAAGAGAAAAAUGGCAAUGACAAUGCAAGUACUACAGAUGUGGUAGCUGAAGGAGAUUCGGGUGCACCAAAACAACAGGAGAGCGCUGAUGUGAAUACAAAUCCAGAGGACAAACCAACACCUUCUCGGUCCCAAACAAAAAGAAAAGCCAAAAUGAAGAAGAAGAGAGGAUUCCAGGAAAGGGUGAUGUUUGCAUGCUCUAUCUGCAAGUUUCGCUCAUUCUACAAGGACGAAAUGGAAAGUCAUCUCGAUAGUCGCUUCCACAAGGACCACUUCAAGUUCCUUGCCGGCCAGCUGUCUAAGCCGACCACCGACUUUCUCCAGGAAUACUUGCACAACAAGUUCGAGAAGACACAACAGAUGGUAAGUCAGCUGGAGAACCACAGCGCAGCCAUAUGUCAGGUGUAUCGAGACCAGGACCUCACCAAGGAUAUCGGGAUGGAGCACUUCUUAAAGAAAGUGGAAGCUGCCCACUGCAGUGCAUGUGAUGUGUUUAUUCCAAUGGAGCUCCACAUGAUUCAGAAACACAUCAAGUCCCAUGACCAUAACUACAACCGCAAGGGAAUGAUGGAGCAGGCCAAGAGAGGAAGCCUGUCUGUUGCACGCAGCAUUGUCAACCAUAAGGUUAUUGGAAAGAAGCUGGAAAGCUACCUCAAGGGAGAAAACCCAUUCACCAAAAACCAGGACGGCGAGGAUGCCUCUGAAAUGAUGGUGGUGGAUGCAACAGACGACCAGACAACGUCGAUUAAAGAACAGACCGAAUUGGAAGAGGUGCCCGCACAGCAGCUGGCCGAGUUAGAAGCACCCAAGGAAAUAAAUAUGGAGGAAGGAGGGAAUGAGAAUGAGCCAGGCGUGGAAGGAACCGUGGAAGAAGGAAACCCGGAGAAUGAGUUGGAAGAGGAAGGCUUUGAAGUUGGAGAUGAAAGAGACGGAGAGGAUGGAUACGUCGCAUACGUGGUCCAUGAUGAAGUGACCGAAGACGAUGAAUUUGCGGUGGAUUUUGAAGCGAAAAAGGCUGAGGAGGAAACUGAGCAAAAAGAGUGACUUUUAUAAGAGUCCUUCCCCAUUUAAAUUAAGCAGUAUCAGAAUAAGACCCCUUGUUUUUUUCCCACUCUUUAUACUACCUUCUCAACUCGAACGUUAGUGUAUAUGUUGUGGAACAUGACAAAAUUUAACACAGCCUCCAGGUUACAGCAGUCCCUCAAACAAGUCACCAUACUAGUUAUUGUUUUUAGUUUUUUUUGUGGGCCUUUUGUUGAAUUUAUUCUUAAAUGACAUGUUAUAGUUUGUUUUAAGGCAUUUUGUGUGUUGUGUAGGUCAAGUUUUCCUGGGGUUCUACACAGCUUUUUUGUCCAUUGCUGGUGUACAUGACUUAAUUGACGGAGGAGUUGAAUAGUGUUUUUUUUUAUUUUCUUUGUUCUUAUGUCAAAUUGAUCAGUGAUGUGUAAAAGGGUCUCAAUAAUUACAAUGGCUAUGGAAGUUAACUGCUCUCUUGUGACAUGAAUAAACUUGACAAAACAAA